AUGGUGGCUGUUAAGGAUCUUUUUAAAGCAAAAAUAGAUUUGGCAUCCUUUUCAGCUUUGAAAUUCAGUAUUAAAACAGGUCAUGACUUGUUAUUUGCUUCACCUCUCAAAGUGCAUUGGGCAAAGUUUGUUUGGGAGAGAUUUUCUGUACCAAAGCACAGUUUUAUACUCUGGUUAGUUAUGCUUCAGAGAUUACGUACCAGGGUCUUCAUUCACAAUUAUAACUCAACUAUGGAUCCAUCUUGUCUUUUCUGUGGAGAACAUAAUGAAGAUAUUCAUCAUCUCUUUUUUCAGUGUAAAUAUAGCAAGCAAUGUCUACUACAGGUGAAAAAAUGGCUGAGUUGGAAAGUAAAAACAAAGGACUAUGAGAACUUGCUGCAAUGGAUAUUGAAAACAAGGAGAUGGAGCAGAUUUCGGAAAAGUACCUUGAUAGCUGUUGUUGCUUCCUUGAUUUAUCAUAUUUGGAGAGUGAGGAAUGACAUACUAUGGUAA